AUGGCUUUCGCUUGGAAGACCGCCGGUCUCACCUACAACCGCUACCUCACGAUCGCCUCGCGCGUCGUCCGCCGCUCUCUCAAGGAGGAGCAGAGACUUGCCGCUUCGCGCCGUGGCGAGUCGGACCUCAGGUUCGCCAAGUGGGAGAAUGGCAAGCAGGGCGACGUCAAGAGCCUGAACAGCGCCAACCAGGCCGCCACCGAGGCCGCCGCUAAGGAAGCCUAG